AUGUCAACGGUACGGCCAUACCUCGAUAUCAUGCCAAGAGGAACAAAUCUGCAUUUGCGACGCCUACCACCAAAUAUUAUUACACAAAUAAAGCGUGAAGUUGCGUCAGAACUAUCUAUAAAUUUACCUGCUGAUCUCCGCAAUGCUGACGAUGAACCAGUGGCCCCAGUACCGGAGGCCAACAGGCCACCCGCUGCUUCUGAGCUGGAAUUCGAAAGGAUUCAUUUGCUUUAUGAUGGAGUGGACCCUAUGAUGGAACCUAGACUUUCCAAACUAAUUUAUAAUAACAAGACUAAACCUAUAUUGAGUGAAAUCAACAAAAUUCUGGAUUCCAAAAUAACAACUGAUAUACCCAUCGAAAAUCUACACAGCCUUAUUUAUAGUGGAGCAGCAACGGUGCUAACACUAAACAAGCAGAAAAUCUCCACGGACACACAAAUUAAAAAUGUCUCAGUCACGCCAGCAUGGCAGCGCCGAAUUACUAAUAAAAUCGAUAGUAUCAGGCGGGACAUAGGAAUUCUGACACAAAAUCAAAGCUUGAACCCCAGCAGCUCAGUCACUAAGAAAGCCAAGGCCAUUCUUGGAAGGGAGCAAAGACUCGAAAACCCAACAGCAACAGAAAUACUGGAUCACCUUAAGCAAAAGCUCAAGGCUAUGGCUAAAAAGCUCCGACGGUAUAAGGAAAGUAACACAAGACGUCAACACAAUAGUCAGUUUAGCAGGAGUGAAAGGAGCUUUUAUAAAAAUUUAGAGUCAGAAGAUCACGAGCCUCAAACCCUGAAAGAAAAUAAGGUCCCCACACCAGAGGCCACGAAAACGUUUUGGGAAUCAAUCUGGGGGAACCCUGUGAUUCACAACAAUACCAGAUGGCUGUUUGAUGAGAAGAGGUCUACAUCUAGCCUCCAGACUAUGUUGGAAUGGGAAGUAACAACCGACCAAGUAACCAAGGCUAUAAACAAGACCUCGAAUUGGAAGGCACCUGGACAGGAUAAAUACAAAAUUUUUGGUAUAAACAAUUCAAGGUCAGUCAUCAACAUCUAG